CAGCUCUUACUUUCCACCCAAAAGUUCUCUUCUUCAUCUUUGCACGGAGUAUCCUUGUUGCUCAAAGGAGAAGACCAUCCGACCUUAUGACACCCUCACUUCGGUGACAUCUGUCCUCCCGUUUGCCUGUGUCUCUUUGUCUCGGUUGGCAAUAAGAUCGACGAGUAGUGCGCAGAGCUAAGGUUGAGUGAGGGCAGCCCACUGUCGACAAAGACAUACCAAGUUAUGCCCGCCACGACCACCCCGACGCAACUGGCUGACCUCCUCCGCCGUCUCGCUACCAACGAGUUAGAAGGCUGGGAAGAAGGUAGCGGUCGGCGCGUGACCCUUCGCUUUCGUUCCAGCAUACAGCAUACCGCCUCGACAUCCACCCACAAUGACAAUGAGAACCCUUCUGUGACGGACAGGAGGCGUGGAAUGAACCCAGCCCAGUUCUAUCACAGCAGUUCGGUCCAAACGCCACAGCAGCCACGGGAAAGUGGUUCCGGACCGCGGAGGUCGCUCUUCCCCGAAUGGCAAGCACAAGUUGGACAGAACAAUAGGCGUGACCACGUGCAUGAAGAUCGGACGAGAAGUAGCUGGAGAAGCAAUCGCCGGCGACGGAGUCCUGACGAUGAGUUUGACGAAGACGAAUGGAAUCAUGGCACGGAUGGGAGAAAUGAAGAGGACAGGACACGAAGGGCGGACAGGCCACGAGACGUUGAGGAGUCAAGGCCACUUGCGUUGGCUGGUGGGGGCAGGCAGGAUCCGAGCCGAAGGUCAUGCACAACACCACCGCCGCCUCAUGAGGGACCGGGGUAUGUUCGGGUUGUUGUCAGAGAAAUUGCAAGCUCAGGUCCUACCAGUACCUCGACGCAACACGACAGCGACAUAACACCUGCAUCUCCAACCUCCUCGACACCUCGUCCGACGUCGCAAUCCGAAGCUUCUUCACAAGACACAACACAACAGCAUGCACCACAACGGUCGUCGGUGCAUUAUGCGAGAAGACAUUCUCAAGCACAAUCCCACAACAUCAACGCUCCCACGAAGCAGCCUUACAACGGUAUCUGGUUCAAGAUUCGCAAAUGGACACCUCUUGAACGGCUCAUGACUAUUUACUGUCAGCGCGCAUCACGCAAUCGUCAUUUGGCUGAAUUCAGCAUGAAUGGGCGAAGAUUGUGUGGGGAUCAAACGCUGGAGGGUCUACUUUGGGCCGAUGGGAAUGACGAAAAUGGGGAAAAGAGGGAGGAUGUAGCGGAUGGGCCUGUCGUCAUCUUGGUCAAUAUGCGGGGGGAGAAAGUAGGAAGGUGACAGCAGGACGGAUUUGGAAAAAUAUAUGCGUCCAGAGAGUAGGAGAGCAACGAUCAGGCUGUAAAUUCAUAUACCUCAAUCAAAAAUAAGCGGAAGUGAGAAC